AUGACCGCACACAACUGCGACAACUUGCUGGCCAAGCUAGCCGUCGAGGGCCCAUUUGUGGACAGCGACUGCAAGGACCCUCAGAGCCACAGCGCCUCGACCUCGACCUCUCUUGCGGGAGACCUGGGCUUCGACUUCGACGCCCUCGACUUACUGGAUGAGACUGCGGUGCCAGAGCUGAGAUUGCCCAUGAUGACAGAUGCAGAGAUGGGCAACAGUUUCGAGGCUCUGCCCCAGCUCGACCGACUCUCUCCAGGAGGCCCACUGAAGAGCACGAAGUCCGUGGGAUUCGAGCUGGCUGUGCCAUUGCCCGAAAGUCCCUUACGCGCCCGAUCUGUGCCUAACCACUGGAGGAUUCGUGCGCAACUGGAGCCGCCGACACCCCUGCGUCGGUGCCGAAGUGCUCAUGCUGGAGGACUUGGCUUCUGCCCGUGCAGCCUCAGCAGCAUUGCGACCUCUCCGCACUCGGAUGGCUUUACGGAGGAUCUGGAGAUCUUGCCGACCCAAGGAGGCCUCCGCGUGGGAGUCGUCGUGAGCGGAUCCCGCGGCGACGUGCAGCCGCACGUGGCGCUGGCCUUGGACCUACGAAGUCUGGGUCACCAGGUUCGGAUCUUCACCAACUCCAAUCAUGCAGCCCUUUGUGCCCGGCAUGGCGUGGAAAUGGUCUCGGUGUUUGCCGAUUCACAGGCAUGUAUCGAGCGGAUAGGCGGCGUGUCGGGGGACACCCUCCUGGCAUCCCUGCGGAGCGUCUCCCGUGCCCAGCGUGCGGCCAAGGUCUGGUUUGAGGACCAUCCCGGCAAAUGCACGGCGCUGGAGGAUGCCUUGGAAGACUUUGCACCGGAGGUCCUUCUCACCAGCAACGAGGCUUGCGCAGCCGCCGUGCGCUACGAGAAGCUCACCGGCACACCAACCAUCUUUGCAUGCUUCUUUCGGGCGAUGAUGGAAUUCCAGUCGAGCAUGCUGCAGAUGCAGCCCCCUCGUCCUGCGUUUCUCGCUGCCAGUGCGCUCCUUGACGAGGAGGCUCCGCCAGUGGAGCCAGUGGAGGCCCAGAGCUGCCUCGUUCAGACAGGCCCCUGGUUCUUGGAGGAUCAGCCGACCCAGAAAGAGCUCGCCGAAGAUUGCGAGACCCGAAAGAACUGGCAACGUUCAAAACACCAGGCCUUCUGA